AUGAUACAGCUACUAUUAUUUUCAUUUAUCACAUUUUAUUGUUACCACACUGUGGCCGCCUUCGCCUUGGGAUCUACAAACGUAAAGGAAUGGAAUGAGUCAAUCAAGAACCAUUCUACUUUGACAUCCCUUGAUGUUACAAAUAAACAAAACCUGACUUACGGACGUCUCAUUCGUGUUAGAAGAGAUACAGAUGACGGCUCAAGUAAAUUUACCCAAGCGGCCCAAAUGGAUCAGUUGAAAGUUCUUCGUUUGUACUUACAACAUUAUAAGAAUUUGUGGGACUCCGCAUAUAUCGGCGGGGCGCAUCCUUUCCACCCAAACGUUCCUAAAGCUAUUGUUCUGCUUUGGAAAACUAAAAUAGUAGAGUUCUUCUUCCCAGCUGUAGGAGAAGACGCCGUAAAAGGAAAAUAA